UCGACCCAUCAACUUGACGUUUACUGAUAAAUCAAUCAUUUACUGUAUAAUUAUUCGAAGAUAUACAAGCUUUUACAUACUUUCACUUUCUUCUUGAACGAAAAAUGCACAGGGCGCCACGGUUGACCUUAACGGUCCCCAACAAAGCGGCUAGAAGGGUUAUAGCCCCUUACGUCAAAGUAAUCAGGAAAAAAUACAAAGCUCCGGCUGUACCCGAGAGUAAACUGUUCAAAAAACAUCUCGAGAGGAAACCGAGCGUACUCUUGAGAGAUCUCACUAGUUUUCUGUCGGACAACGUAGAUUUACCGUCUCUUCUACACGAAUCAGCGGAUGUAUUGAAGGUGACAACGCAUGCGCACGGAGUGUCUUUGUACAUUGUUGAGACGGCUACUGGUGAGAUUUACCAGAGUCAAAGAUACUUCGAUAUACCGGAACCUAGAGUCCGAUGGAAGGUCGAAGAAGGUACCAUAGUUGCUGCCUAUGUGGCUUCCAAGAAAGAACUGGUGAUGAUCGAAGAUAUCCUUCAAGACGAGAGGUUCCCGAUGGGUAUCGGACAAAAAGAUCAGCUGACGAAGUCUGUUCUGUGCGUACCGGUCGUGACACCAGAUGGCGACGUCUACGCGGUCAUCGAGCUGUUCAGGGACACCUCGCAGGAUCAGUUCGAGGACAAGGACAUGAAGAUUGCCACUCUGAUCACCGGAUGGAUGGGCGCGGCCAUCUACCAGAACCUGCAGAGGGUGGCAGUGCACAAGAAACAAGAGCUGAACGAUUAUCUGCUCUCGUUGACCAAGGUGUUCCUCGAGGAGUUCGUGCCUACCGAUAAGAUGGUCUCGGAGAUGGUGAAAUUCGUAAAGUUGACUCUGGCGUCGGAGAGGAGUUCCUUCUAUCUGUUAGACAGAGAAAGCGAAGAGUUGGUCGCCGAUAUUUACGAGAAAGGCAUCGAGGAAUCUGAAGGCAUCCGUAGGAUGAACAAGGUCAAGUUGGUGGAGAAAGAACACGAGAUAGUGGCUUCGGUUGCGAAGACCGGGAUGCCCGUCAAUAUCAAAGACGCCUUCACCGAUCCUAAAAUUGGGAAGGAAAUCGACGAUAAGACGGGUUUUAUCGUUAGAUCCGUACUUUGCGUAGCUGUCAAGGGAGAGAAUGACAUUCUAGGUGUGAUAGAGGUGGUGAACAAGAAGAAUGGAUGCUUUACCAAGUCCGACGAGAUCUUGUUCGACGUCUUCGCAACUUAUUUCGCUUUGGUGUUGCAGUUCAGCAACCUGCACGAACACGUCAAGAGACAAGAGAAGAUGAACGAACUCACCGUCUCCCUGUUGAACCGACAAGUGACCCCCUGUAUCCACGAUUACAAUCAUUUCAUGAAAAAUUUGAACAUCAAACUACCCAGCACGUUUGCAGAAUUCAAAUGGUACAUCUCCGAGGAAUUGGUGGAAGAAAUACCGCUGUUGGUCUACGCGAUGAUCAGGGAAUUCGCAGAGCCAGACGAGUUGGACGUCGGCAACCUGGGUAAAUUCAUCCUGUCCAUCAGGAAAUUCGGCAGGACCCUGCCGUACCACAACUUCGAACACGCUUUCGACUUUUGUCACACGAUCUACUGCAUCCUGAAGAGAAACGAGGAUCUCUUCACUCCUCAAGAGAUCAUAAUGAUGUUCCUGGCCGGUAUCGGCCAUUGCAUCGACCGAACCACCACAACUAACGAAUUUUUGGAGCUGAUCGAUCACGAGAUCUAUCAAUUGUUCCCCAUGAUCCCGUGGCAGAACUAUCACGCUUUGAUAAUAGGGAGGCUCCUCGAGCAAUUUCCCAUCUACGCCAGCAUGCCGCAGUCCGACUACAAAAGAUUCGUGUCGGACGUGAAAGACUACAUCCUACGUUGCGAUUUGAGGGCCAGUUUCUUCGCCAAAUGUGCCAGAGGACUGAAGGAGGUCAUGCAAACGAAGACGUUCAGCAACAGCGAUCCGAAACAGCACGAUUUGUUGAUUUAUCUCGUCUUGGCCUGCGGCGAUAUGGGAUGUUUCUCCAAGCAAUUCCUGGUCGCCAGAAAGUUGGCGGAGGGCUAUUACCAGGAAUUGCACGAAGAAGGCGAAAAAAUAUUGGAGAAGAGACCGGAUUGCAUUCUGUUGCAAGUGUACGAUAAGAAUAACGUCGCAACCAUGCCCGAACAGCAGAUAGCCUUUCUGAAUCAUUUCGUGUUGAGGAUCCUCGGUUGUUUGAAAUUCUUCCUCCCGAACACCGUCGAGAUGUAUAAUCUCGCCUUGUAAGUGCGAAAUUUUCAUCGAUAACGAUCGAAUUAUUUCAUUUUUAUCGCUUCUCCUUCAGGGCUCUGAGGAAGACCUGGCAGGAUAUCAUAGAGUUGCGCGGACGAAAAAUAUGGAAGCAGGAGGAGUCGUAUAGAAAAAAGAAACCUUCCAAUUGAUUUUGAUACGAUAAAUAAUACACAAUUAGGAAAUAUAUAUUCUGAAAGAAUG